ACACAUAAUAAUAAAUAAUUAUAAUAAUAAUAAUAUGUCUAUUGUACGUCUGACGUCGACGAUCGCUGCGAGGUGGCGCGUAUCGAAAUUCAAAAUUUGUCUCGUCCGCGUAACAAAUAACAAUACGAUUUUUUAUUUGAUUUUUUAAAUUUCCGUAUGCAGUGUGUACACUGCAGCGCUAUCACCGUGUAGGGCUACACUGCGCGCGCGCCGUUUUCCCUCGCAACAAACAGCAGCUGCUAUCAAGUAUCAACAUUCAACACGACAAUAAUAUUAGUGACAACAGUCGGUUGAAGUCGAGCAACUUACCACUUAAAGGCUAAAGCUCCGCUUUUUAUCACUGUUUUUUUGUUUUACUUAAUGCGUUAAUGAUUAAAAAUUUCAAUAAUUCUAAUAAUUAUUACUUUCGGUUUGGUUUUCAAAACGGUUUUUAUUUUUGUUUUUGUAAGGCGCGUGUGAUAUUUGCCGGCAGGCGUCAGUGCAAUGGACCCGGGCGGUGGUGUCAACAAGAUGGAGUGUGACGAUGAUUCGUUUUUCGUUCAGAAAAUGAGAAGACUCAGCUUCGACGCUGACAGAGCGAUACCAUCAUUGGUCAUCGCCAGCGCACCGUCGCCGCCCGACAGUCGCCGGUCUUUUUCGCCUGAGAUUGGUGUUGACUCUUCGACACCGUUCCUCAAACCACGGGCCCUGCACAAGGUGCGCCUCAGGGGCCAGUCACCAUUGAGCGACACCAGCAGUGAAUCUACGCGUUCUAACAAGUUUCGGUUGUCGGUCAAUCCCUUCACACCAACUGGCAUUGAAAUAUUAAAAAACAAACAUCGGAAAAGACUGUGCACUGUAAAACAGAACAUAAGUUUCUCCAGUUCUGAAGAUCAUUCAAGUCAUGACAGCAACAGUAGUUUUUCCACUCCGCCUGACAAUAAAACGUCUCCUUCGGUCGAUCCUUCCAUCAGAGAUCUUAUGAAUGAAGGCGAAGUGACCAAUGUCAGUAUUUAUGAUUUGCAGACUUCUCGUUUCAAUGAAGAGUUCAGAAUGGAUGAUUUUAUUGCUACUGGUGCGUUUGGUGAGGUAUACAAGUGUACAAAUUUAUUAGAUGGAAUCACAUAUGCUAUCAAAAAGACCAAAAAGACAAUUUACAAAAGCCAAGAAUACUUUAUUCGUAAAGAAGUUUAUGCACACUCUGUAAUUGGACGACAUCCAAACAUAGUCUCGUAUUUCACAGCUUGGCAUGAGAGAGGUCAUAUUUAUAUUCAAACAGAGUUUUGUAACGAUGGAACCCUAGAGCGUAUGAUUCAUGAAUCUGACCAUGUGUUUUGUGAUAGUGCUUUAAGGCGAUUGCUAUGUCAUGUAUGUAAAGGUUUAGCUCAUAUUCAUUCUAAAAAGCUUGCACAUUUAGACAUUAAAGCUGCCAACAUUUUAAUAUGCCAUACUGAUGGUGCAUUGUGGUUUGCUGAAGAUUUAGAUGAUGAUGAAACAGUUGACAAAGAUAUUGUGUAUAAAAUUGGAGACUUUGGACAUACAAUAUGUGUUGAAGAUGUUCGAACUAUUGAAGAUGGAGAUUGUCGGUAUUUACCCAAAGAACUAUUACGUGAUGAUUAUUCUCAGUUACAGAAAGCUGAUGUAUUUUCAACUGCGCUUACUGUGUAUGAGGCAGCAACUAAAAAAGAUUUACCUAAAAAUGGACCAGAAUGGCACCGAUUAAGGGAUGGUGAAUUUUCAUUGCCUCAAACUCCAGUUUUUAGUACUGGUCUUGAGAAAAUGCUUAAAAAAAUGGUUGACUUGGAUCCUAAAAAUAGGCCGAAUGCAUCUACAGUGGUUAAUCUUUUACUUGAUAGAGGAAUGGCUGCUGUAAAACAACAACAAGACGAAAUGGAAGUAUGGAAGUUGAGUUCUAAGUUCCUUGCACCUUGUUACUCUGUUGAAACACAAACACCAUCAAGAACAACAAUUGGGCAGAGAAGAUAUGAAAAUUCAAAACUGUAUCGAACAAGAAAAGAACGAAUUAAACGAUUGGUCGGUAGAAAAAUGAGCAGAUCAUGUAGUACUCCUAAUGUUUAACUAUAAACCAUAAUGUAAUUUAUUUAAUUUAUGUAUUUGUUUUUUUUUUUCUCUAUUUGAUUGAAGUAAUUAUUUCAGAAGUAUUGUAAGAAUGAUUUAUGUAUUAAUUUGCUCCCUUCACUUUUUUUUUUAUAAUUUUUAUAGCAUUAUUGUAUUUUAUAACUCUGUGAUAAGACGUGAAAAUUAUUUUCAAAUGUAUUAAGUACCUCAUUAGUAAUUAUAAAAGAAUUAGAAGUCCAAAAACUACAAAGGAUUUUAAUGCCUAAAAAUAAUAUUUAUAAUGUAUUGUCAAUUUAUAAUUUAAUUAUUACUUAAUUUUUCAAUUAUCUUUAUUUUUAUUUGCAAGUAUAAUUAACAUUAAGAUGGACAAUUUAAUUUAAAAAUUUCUGUUACAAAAAAAUAGUAAUAAGUACUUAUUUUUUUAUUAUUAUUUGUUAAUAUAUUUUCUUGUUCUAAA